AUGCCAAAAAAACGAGCGUAUAUUCAUAGAAACCGUGAAGAAGGCCACAAUAAUCUUUGGAAUGAUUAUUUUAGUGAUACUCCGACAUACCCGCCCAAUUUAUUCCGGAGACGAUUUCGAAUGAACAAACCGUUGUUUAUGCGUAUUGUGCAUCGUCUAUCUACCGAAGUCCAAUAUUUUCAACAAACGGAGGAUGCAGCCGGACGAGCUAGUCUUUCACCAAUACAAAAAUGUACUGCAGCAAUUCGUCAAUUAGCAUACGGUGGUGCGUGUGACUCAGUGGACGAGUAUAUACGGAUAGGUGCUUCAACCGCUCGGAAAUGUUUACACGAGUUUACCACUGCAAUAAUUCAAUUGUUUGGCGACGAAUAUUUAAGACGUCCAACUGAAGAAGACCUACAAAGAUUACUCCAACAAAAUGAACAACGUGGAUUUCCGGGGAUGAUUGGCAGCAUUGACUGUAUGCAUUGGGGGUGGAAGAAUUGUCCCACAGCUUGGAAAGGCAUGUACUCUCGAUCCACCGGAAAACCUACUAUCGUUUUGGAGGCGGUUGCAUCUUAUGACCUAUGGAUUUGGCAUGCAUUUUUUGGAGCUCCAGGUACUAUGAACGAUCUUAAUAUUCUAGAUCGAUCUAAUGUUUUUGAUUACAUUAUAAACGGUCAAGCUCCGGAAGUCAACUUCUUUGUCAACGGAAAUCAACACAAUUUGGCGUACUAUCUCACUGAUGGGAUUUAUCCGAAAUGGGCCACUUUCAUUCAAUCUAUCCGACUACCACAAGGUAUGAAAAAUUCUCUCUUUUCAAAAAAACAAGAAGCUGUGCGGAAAGAUGUUGAGCGUGCAUUUGGAGUAUUGCAAGCUAGAUUUGCUGUUAUUAAAAAUCCAUCUUCUCUAUGGGAUAAAAACAAAAUGGCUAAUGUUAUGAAAGCAUGCAUAAUACUCCAUAAUAUGAUUGUGGAGGAUGAAAGACAUACAUACAAUCUUCGUAACGCUUCUGAAUUUCAACAUGGAGAAGAUGUCGAUCAAACCUAUACCGUUGGUACCGCCGGGGUGGGAUCAAAUAUUGGCACCACAAUUACUCGUAGAACAAGAGUUCGGGAUAAACAAGCCCAUGAACAAUUAAAAGGAGAUUUGAUUGAGCAUAUUUGGUCUACUUUUGGACAUCUUCCAUAUAAUGAAGAUUGA